CCGGCCUCCAUCCCCGCGGCUCUGCGGCCCCGGCACUGCCCCAGUUCGCCCCCAGCCCCGCGCGUCCCGGGGAGGGCUCGGGCACAGCUGGCGUGACGUGUUAAUGAGGGAUAUGCUAAUGUGCGAUAUGCUAAUUAACGAUGGAUAUGCUAAUCUGCGAUAUGCAAUGACGAGCAAGCAAGACAACGAUGAAUAUGUUAAUGAGGGGUUUGCUAAUCACCGUGUUAAAUAUGUUAAUUACUGGUGGUAAUGAAUUGCAUGCAGAUUUAUGGACUAUGCUAGCGGGUGAUCUGCUCAUCUGGGCCGUGCUAUUAAGGCAGAGGGGUAUGCUAAUGAGGAGGGUGUUAGAAACACUACAGGGCCAAACUGCCCCAUUCCUUUGCAGCGUGUGGCCGCCCGCCUGGCUCCGGCUGGGCCCUCUGACCCCGAUGGGCGACCCCGGGGGUCUCGCCUGGGGCGGCAGGAAGGUCUGGCUCGCCGUGGCCAUUGUGGAACUCGCCAUCGUCCUCAUCCUGGCAGCCGGGCUGGGCCACUUUGUGGCCACGGAGCAGUGGCUGCACAGCGACGUGCUGGGCCUGCGGGAGGAGCUGGCCCGUGCCAACUGGACCCUGCAGGAGAUGCAGGAGAGCUCUGACGUGUGCAGGAACCACACGCAUGUCCUGCAGAAGAAUGUCAUCAACCUGACCCAGGAGGUCACCCGGUUAAAUAGCGACAUUGCCCAGCAAGAGGUGGAAAAAGGCAGGUUACAAGAUGAAAUUAGCGCCUGGAAAAACACGGUCCAGCAUCUCCAGGAGCAAAAGGCUCAGUACCACAGGGAGGUCAGUUGGCUGCAGCAGCAGCUCCAGAGACACCAGGAACUUCGCUCCAGUGUGGGGAGCGCCAGGCUCCCCCGCCUCCUGCCUCUGCUGGCAGCCCCCCUCGCUGCGCUGCUUGUCUGAACGGAGCCAGGCAGGGAGCAGAGUCAGGACUGAGUCCCCCAGCUGAGAGACCGGGACUCUCCCAGGGAAUAAGCAGCACUGGACCCUGUGGCCGGCACAUGCUCCUCGUGGAGGAAGCCUCGUCUCCUGCCGGAGGACUGUUUACUGAGGGGGGGGAGGCUGUGACGGACGAGGGGGACGCAGCGACAGGUCCAUGGAUGGAGAUGACCCUGCACUACAGUUUAGACACGUCACCCAAAGCCCCAGAUGACAGUUGCAGCAAGUUGGGCCUGUGACAUCCUACUUGGGUAGGAAACACCAAUGGACUGCCGACAUUUUUUCAGAGGUGGCCACUGAUUUGGGGUGCCCGGUUUUGGGGUGCCCCUGGCCCCCACAUGAGUCACACCCAGUCUGGGACCUAGCAACAGCAUCACCUGCUCUCACGCUUAGGGGGAGGGAGGGGGAUUAAAGUGACUAACAAACCAGCCCUCGGCCGGGAGAAUGUUUGCAGAAUAAAUAGGCUUUGCUAUUCA